AUGGAAGUCGCUUCCAAACCAACGGAUAGUUUCGAUUUCAGUUAUUCAUCAUCAUCAUACUACACUAGCGCUCCAUCCAGUCCCACUCGACUCACUGAGUUUUACUGUGGAUUCGACGAGCUAUUGCUCUCUGCCGCAGCCGCCGCCGGUGCCCACCGCAGCACUUCUCGUGCCACCGUCCCAUUCGCCUGGGAGGAGAAACCCGGCGUUCCAAAGGGACCCACCAACUUAUUUGGGGAAGACGAUUUCUCAUUUGAUGUAAGUUGUGAGCUCAGCCGGGAUUCAGUUCCGGCUGAAGAUCUAUUCCAGGGUGGCGUAAUCAAGCCGCUCGGCCGUCAGCCGGAGAAAAAGGUAGAAAGAGAAAGAGGAAGAGAGAGAUUUUCGUCUUCUGCUUUACCUUCGUCGAGGAGCAGAAGGACGAGAUCUCUGUCGCCACUUGGGGGCUCGGAUCAACGCCGACAACAACACUUAACGGCUACGUACAUGGUGCCACCAUCGGGCUCAACUUGUGCUACUCCUUCUGUAUCUUUUUUGUCCGAAAAUGGUUCAAAAAAAUGGAGCUUUAUGGACCUGUUUCUGUUCAGAAGUGCUUCAGAUGGACGAGCAAUGGACCGAGACCCUUUGAAGAAAUACUCGGCCAUCUUCCGAAAACAUGAUCAAGAUAUUAGGAACUCAAGUGGGUCUGGAUCCAUGUCGAAGAGAAAGGGUCGGGUAUCGGCUCACGAACUCCAUUACACGGUUAACCGAGCUGUUUCAAAUGACAUGAAGAAGAAAACAUACUUGCCAUAUAAGCAAGGUAUUCUCGGAAGAUUUUCGUUCAACCCGUAA